AUUUGAUUUUAGAUUUCAUAAUGUUAAAAAGUAUUUAAGAUGGCUGAAUUAAAAGUAGCUUUUAGUCCAGAUGAUUCAAAAAUUUUCGAGCAAACAACCCAAGUUUCAACUGUAGAUAUAGACGAUCCUGUUUCUUAUUUUGAAAUAUAUGAAUCAGUCCAAUUUAUCAAGGAUGGAAAUUUCAAAAGAGUAGCACUACAGUUUCCUGAUGAGUUGCUUAAAUAUGCAAAGUUUAUUGUAAGUAAAAUAGAGGAGCUAACAUUUAACAAAGAAGAGGUAACAUCCAACAAAGAAAAGAUAACAUCCAACAAAGAAGAGGUAACAUCCAACAAAGAAGAGGUAACAUCCAACAAAUUCUAUGUACUUGCUGAUACCUCUUAUGGCAAUUGUUGCGUUGACGAAGUUGCUGCUUCUCAUAUACAAGCGGAUGCUAUAAUUCACUAUGGGCAUUCAUGUUUAAGUGUCACAGAGAAAACUCCAACUUUUUAUGUGUUUGGAAGGUCAAAAUUGAAUCUUGAUGAUUUUUCUUUAUGUACAAAUAAAUUGUUUACUGAAAACAAAGUGCUUUUGUUAUAUGAUGUUAAAUAUUACCAUUAUGUUGAAGUAAUAAAAGAUUUGUUAAAAAAAUUUGAGCAAACAAUUGAUAUUGCUCACCUAGUUAUAUACAAAAAAAAAAGUGAAAGUGCAUCUCCAGCCUGCCUUAACUCAUUCACUUUUCUUGGUCGUCAAUUUAACUUAAAGUUUGAUUUAUUGGUUUAUAAAAUUCUAUUCAUUGGUGAAGAGGGUCUUACUUUACGUAAUUUAAUGAUGAGGUUUAACAAAAACCAAUUUUAUGUGUACAAUCCAAGUUUAUUAUCGCUCACUUUACAACAAGUAAACAUAAACAAAUCACUCAUGAAAAGGUUUUAUCUCAUUCAAAAGGCCAAAGAUGCUCAAAUUGUUGGAAUCGUUAUGGGAACUCUAGGUAUUGAAAAAUAUAAAGAAAUUGUUCAGCGUCUUAAAAAAGUUUUAAAGCAUGCAGGAAAAAAGUAUUACACGUUUAUUAUGGGUAAACUAAAUGUGGCGAAGAUGGCAAAUUUUAUGGAAAUUGACAUUUUUGUGCUUGUUGCUUGCCCUGAAAACAGCCUUAUCGAUUCUAAAGAAUAUUUCAAACCAAUAAUCACUCCAUUUGAACUCGAAAUCGCAUGCUUAAAUAGUCGAGAAUGGAAUGGCGAGUAUUUAACAGAUUUUUGUGAACUACUUGAGGGAGGACUUUCAUACUUAGAUAUUAAAGAUGAUGAUGGUUUUGUUGAACCAGAAUAUUCCUUAAUUACUGGACAGCUUCGAAGUGGUGUUAAUAAAAUAGAAAAUAACUUUGAUAGUUCAAAUGAAAUAGCAUUAAUAAACGAAAACAAUAAGCUAGUUGCACACAAUAUAACCAAUGCCAGUGAUUUUUUGCUGAGACGAACAUGGCAGGGUUUGCAAAUUAACUCAAAUUAUACUGAAGUUCAUAAAGCUGUUGACGGUAGGGCCGGAAUAGCAAGCGAUUAUUUGAACGAGUUGGAAUACAAAAAUUGAAUUUAUAGGAUUUAACUUAAUACAUUUUUUUUUUAAUAACAAUUUCACUUGGUAAUUUUAA